GCAGUACUUUUGACUAAAGGAAACAACGCCAGAAAAAAAACCAAGGCUGUAAAACUUGUGACUAAAUAAAAUUUCGUUUUUGUUUUGAGAUAUGGAUGAAGCAAUGAGGGAUAGGGGUGCAGGAGGAGAUACGCCUGACUUCAACAGUUCCAAACGCUUACGGAAGGAGCUGAACAACAUCAUCCGUGACCCACCACCUCUGUGCAGUGCCGGACUGGAGGACAGUAACAUCUACAGAUGGGUUGCCACGAUCGCCGGGCCUCCAGGAUCUCCCUACGAAGGAGGGGUCUUCUCGCUCAGAAUCAAGUUUACUAACCAGUACCCAUUUGAACCACCACAGGUGACGUUUCUUACCCGCAUCUACCAUUGCAACGUGGGUGCCGACGGACACCUGUGCAUGGAUAUCCUGGCGGAUGCAUGGAGCCCAGCCCUGACCGUGUCUUCUGUGCUUCUGUCUGUGUGUUCCUUGCUGACCGACUGCAAUCCGAAGUCCCCGCUACAGUCUCACAUCGCCUCUUUGUACCGCAAGAAUCGCCAAGAGCACGACCGCCGAGCCCGACAAUAUACGCGCAGAUAUGCAAAUGGACAAAACGACAAUAGAAUUCGAAAUCCAAUUUUGUAA